UGCGUGUGUGUAUGCCUGUCUGCCCUUUUGAACCAAUUUCUGCAAACCACCUUUUGUGCACUUCCUUUUUUUUCAUGUACAUUGAUCGCAAUCGAAUUAAGGACCCUCACUUCUUUUCGUCAUACCUUCGUCAUCGUUGAUUAAAAGGAUUCCAUCAAAAUACGCACAUCAUCCAAAUCAAAAGAUCGAAGCUAUCGAUAAUAAGGUUUUAGUCACUUUUCAUUCAGAUCUGACAGGGUAUUUCGAUCAUAAAGUGCAUUCGCACCCUCUGUCAAUAACCAAGGAACGCGCCGAUCACAAAUUUCACAAAAAUGGCAGCACCAUCAACAUCGGAAAUGACAGGCAAAGAUACAGCAGGACCAUCUCGUCCAGCCGCAAGACCGAGCACACAAGCUUCUCGACAUCAUCUAGAGCCAAAUCCAUUCGAACAAUCAUUUUCAUCCAAACCGGGAAGAUCGGAAUCGCCUGAAAUUGGAAGGACAAGCAAAGGGCCAAAGAAGGCCACUCAAAAGUCUACGAAAUCAGAAAGUGGUGUAGAAGAUGGAAGUGAAGAUAAAAAGAAAGAAGGUCCACAAACGCCAAACGGAAAUGGAUCAUCUUCAUCUAAACGAAUCCUGCCCCCUGUAGCCAGUAUCGCAUCUCCGGCUGGUCAAGAAAAUGGAAUGCAUUAUCCAUGGGGAUCAUCGUUGACUGGAUCGCUACGAGCUGGUCCAUUGUCACCUGCUAUGUUGGCUGGACCGCAAAAUUCAUUCGACCCGAACUCCUUCCGUACCGGAUUAACGCCAGAUUUGACAAACUUCAAGACAGGCUUAACACCAUUAGGUGGUGCUCCUGGCUCUUUCCCUCCUCCAAGUCCAAACACUGCUGCUUUCCUCGCCAUGGUCACAAAUGGCAGCGGUCCCGGUUUAUCCGGAGCAACGAUUACUCCAAACACUUUCUCAGCUUUGAGUGGUAAUCCGAUUGAUAUUCACGCCAACAAUCAUCAAGUCUUGGCAUCACAACCUGAAGCUUCAGGAAGCAACGAUGGACGAAAUGGUUCUCAACACAACGGAGAGGAAGAUAGGCAAAAUUCGCGAAACUCCAAAUCGAAAGGAAAUGAGGGAGCAAAUGGAAAAGGAGACGGCCAGGUAGCCAGUGGACUAUUCCUGCUCAGUCAAGCACAACAAGAACUUGCUAAACGAGAUGAUGGUUCGGUGGACAUGUCGAAUGUACAGAAUCUGUACAACAAUGCGCCGAUGCAUCAUCAGAAUGGUAUUCACGGAUCACCGCCACAACAGCCAAAGAAUGGAAAGCGUAAAUCAGGUCUUGACGGAAAACAAUUCUCGUCAAAGAAGAGCAAGAAUGGAAAAGACGAACUUGCAGGUGGCUCUCCUGAAAGUGAUGAACUGGUGGAUGAGAUGAACAAGAAUUUCAGAUCAGGAGCCAGUAGUCACGAGAGUAAUGCUGACGAUUUCGGAGGAGAUGAUGAUGAAAAACGAAAGAAUUUCUUGGAACGAAAUCGACAAGCUGCACUUAAAUGUCGUCAACGUAAAAAAGCAUGGCUUGCAUCUUUACAAGCAAAAGUGGAAUAUUUGCAAUCGGAUAAUGAUAAUUUGCAAGGAACGGUUGCUGCUUUGCGAAAUGAAGUGAUGUUUUUGAAAUCUCAAUUGAUGCACGCUCAAAGACAAAUGGCAAACCAUGGCGUACCAAAUGCAGGACAAAUGUCGGGCGGAAAUGAUCAAAUGGGAAGACAUAGCGUAAGUGGGCAGAUGGGUAUGCCUGGAAACAUGCUUCCGACUGGCAUGACUCAGGUUCCUCAUAGCAACAUUCAUGCAAUGGCAGCGGCAGCAGCAGCAGCUACUUCAAAUGCAAACAUGCUCGGAAAUGGUCAAUACCAACAAAAUCAUAUUCCCAGACAAUCCCAUAUUCCAGGACAUGCUGGACCGCAGUACAGUGGCGGAAAAGCACAUCGUCAAAAUUCCAUUCAUGCCGUUUGAGAGAAGGGUUUCAAACGACAAGGAGAACCUCUUUCGAAAUUCUAUAAUUUGUAUAUUGACCAAAAUUUGUACCUAAAUGCGUGUGUAUAAUUGCGCUUUAAUCUCUCUUUUUCUUUUCUCUCUCUCUAUUCAUAUGACGAUUUGACAUCUCAUUGAUGCUCUCAUAUACAUUUAUAAUCGUUUCUUUCUUUCACCCCAAUGUAUAAAAGUCACUGUGGAUUAAGCAUUCAAUAUCAAUCGAUGAGUGCUUUGUAUAAUUGAAUGGAAG